CAACGCAGUAAGAGCUGACAUACGACACUUCCUCAGCUGCCAGACAGGAUUCCUAUGUUAUACCUUCCACUCUGUGUCUUUGGUUCAAAUCAUCAGGACGGUUAUACAAGAAGCCUCCUGACAAUUUCCGGCUUCUCUCCUGAUCUUCCGUCCAAACACGCACCUAUAAGAGGGCAAUCAUGAACUGGGGUGGUCUAAAGGAUCUCCUCAGUGGAGUUAACCAAUACUCCACUGUGUUUGGCCGGGUCUGGCUUUCUGUGGUGUUUGUCUUCCGGGUCCUGGUGUUUGUGGUCGCAGCUCAGCGGGUGUGGAACGACGAAACCAAAGACUUUGACUGCAACACUGAGCAGCCAGGCUGCAAAAACGUCUGUUACGACCAUGUCUUCCCCAUCUCCCACAUCCGCCUGUGGGCCCUGCAGCUCAUCUUCGUCACCUGCCCAUCGCUCAUGGUCGUCGGUCACGUCAAGUACAGGGAGAAGAAGGACAUGGAGUACACUACCUCCCACGAGGGGAAGCACUUGUAUGCCCACCCUGGAAAGAAACGUGGAGGCCUGUGGUGGACUUACCUGGUGAGUUUGAUCUUCAAGGCAGGCUUCGAUGCUGGCUUCCUCGGUGUCCUGUAUUAUGUCUACCACGGUUACGACAUGCCCCGCCUAAUCAAGUGCGAACUGGCUCCUUGCCCCAACGUAGUGGACUGCUACAUAAACCGCCCCACUGAGAAAAAGAUCUUCAUGCUCUUCAUGGUGAUCUCCUCCGCUGUCUGCAUCUUUAUGUGCAUCUGCGAAAUGAUUUACCUCAUCUUCAAACGUAUCAAAAAGUUCAUUUUGAGGAAGAAGGAGUACGAAAUGCAGAGGUUCGCUGAAACUCACGAAAUGGUCCCUCUCUCACAUCCAAGAUCGGUCUUCAAAUCCAAAUCCUCUGUAAGAGUGGAUCCUACAGCAUCUAUUCGGAAUCUCAGCAACACCAGGACAGAAGAAAAGCCUGGUAAGCUAGUGGAGAAAAGCUAGAAGAACACUGCCCAACUCCAUGGUGAGAGGGAGUUCUCCACGAGAGAAAACGCCAGUUGCCUUAAGCAAUCCUUUAAUGUGGAUUUGUAAAUAAUUUAGAUAUUCUGAAGGACUCGAUGUGCACCUCUUCUCUCUUAACACAAAGGUCUCCAAUGUGGAAGGAUUGUGUGUUUAUUUGACUGGUUGUUGUGUUCUGGUUGUGCGAUCUGUAAUAUUUGUAAAUAACAACAACACAAAUAAAUGUGCGAUCUGUAAUAUUUGUAAAUAACAACAACACAAAUAAAUGAACGUGGGCACUGAUGAGUAUGUAAGCAUUGACCACGAAUAACUAUAAGUAAUAUUAAGCGAUGCUUAGCACUUUCUAGUACAACUGAAUAACUCAGUUGGAGUUCUCUCUUAUCGCACCAUUUCAUUACAACUCCUUCACAAUAAGUUUAUAUUGUUCAUGGAGCUGAAAAGUUGUAUUUUCAUAAACCUACUUUAAUAGUCAAAACAUAAGACUAUUAGACAUAUUGAAGAUGUUUUGUUUGACAUUUUGUAUUUAUAAAUACAUACAAAAUAAAGUGGU